AUGACGGCCAAUCGAGCUAUUGACUUAGAUCCUUACACUGACAAUGGAGCCGAGCGGGAAACUGCCGCUUUAGCUUACGUUUUAGGUUUAGAUGAAAAUAGCAUUAACACUGGCACUAACAUUGGCGGAGCCGGAAACAACCUUGCCAACCGGGGCAAAAUUGAACAUGGUGGAAACUUAUACGAUCCGGCGGUUGCCGCAGAACUAAAAGAUAUUGCUCAAAUUCGUUCGAUAGCAGCGGAUCCCCUUAGUGCGGAUGGAAACGGCGCCCGAGCAGGCAACCAAGCCUUUAUUGAUGCCCAUAACUUUACCAAUCCUCAACAAGCGAUUAUUAAUGAUUACGCCGGAGCAGCUGACAACACGGACAAAAAACGAGCUUACCAAGCGAUCAAUGCUGAAUUUAGUGGCUUAGCCCAAAAAGUGUAUGAAAAAUACGGAGUUGGUCAAUACCGCUUUACCGGCAACCGACCUAAAUACAAAAAGUUUGGUGAAAGUUAUUCUCAGACUGAAUUAGAAGAGGCUUUAUAUGAAGUAAUGAAAGUAGCUAUUGAAAAUGAAGAAUUGUCAGAACAAGAAAAAAAAGAACAACAAGAGAAUGGUUCUACUAAUAUAGUUGGUAGUGUCGGGAAAGUUAGUUCUAUUUAUAGAUUAGUUACUAAUACUGGUGGUAAAGAUAUGACCCUGACUAACCAAGGUCUUAAUUUUACUCGACGAAUGCCUCACUAUACUAUCUACCAAGAACAGUCAAACAACACUCAUAAAAAAGAAAGUAGUUUUGAAGUCGAAGGUGGUCUUUACUAUCGAGAAGUAACAGUGCAACCACCUCAUGAUACCAAAGAAGAAAUAAAAGUGAGUUUAUUAGGGACUAAAGAAACUUUGGCAGUAGCUAAAGCAGAAGAAUUGUCAGAACAAGAAAAAAAAGAACAACAAGAGAAUGGUUCUACUAAUAUAGUUGGUAGUGUCGGGAAAGUUAGUUCUAUUUAUAGAUUAGUUACUAAUACUGGUGGUAAAGAUAUGAAUUUAAUGACCCUGACUAACCAAGGUCUUAAUUUUACUCGACGAAUGCCUCACUAUACUAUCUACCAAGAACAGUCAAACAACACUCAUAAAAAAGAAAGUAGUUUUGAAGUCGAAGGUGGUCUUUACUAUCGAGAAGUAACAGUGCAACCACCUCAUGAUACCAAAGAAGAAAUAAAAGUGAGUUUAUUAGGGACUAAAGAAACUUUGGCAGUAGCUAAAGCAGGUAAUAUUUUAGUAAUUCUUCAUAAGGAAUUCUUUUCAACUAAUAAACUAUUUGCUCUGCUAGUAGAAAAAACUAACCAAGCCGAUGUUUAUCGCCGCUUAGGUUUAGUGGAAUUAGUUAAUAGUGAAGGAAUAAAGGUUUCUGCACAAAUAGGAAAGUUUAAUAGAAAAACUAUAAUUGGAGACAACCACAAAGAAAUCAAAUCCGAACCACAAUUUCAAACUCAGAUAGAAAAAAUAGAAGAAGGAAAACAUUAUGGAUUAGGUUUGGUAGAAAUUAGUGAAGGUUCCGAGAAAUUAUUGCAAGAACUCGAAGAAAAAGAAAUAGCAAUACACAGAAAGCCAAAUGUUGAAACGGAUGAGGAGCAAAAACAAUGUUCAGAUCUUAUCAAAAAAGAAUUACAAGAGGAAUGA